AUGGAUUUCGAUCAGUUUGACGAGAAGCUUAUGGCCCUCGAAGCGGUUCAUCAAGUCGAGGAAAACCCAGCUCAGAUUUUGGUCUUUCUCCAUGGCAUCACCGGUGAUAGCAAGACUACCUGGGAAGCUCCGAGCCCUCCUAACGAAGUUCCCAGCGAAGAUGACAACGAACCGGCCUUAUGGGUUUCGAAGCUUCUGCCAAACGAUUUCAAUGCAAAUAUCUAUACUUGUGGGUGGGAUUGGACUGUUCCAAAUACCAUGCAUGAUUUGGCUGGCAGUUUCAUCAAGACAUUGAGUAGCUUGGCGGAUAAUGUAUUGCGCCAGAAACAUAAGAGUUUCCCAAUUGUUUUGGUUGGGCAUGAUCUAGGUGGAAUCAUCAUCCAGAAGGCAAUGCUUAUGUUUCAAGAUCUGAGUGCCGAUCCUCGCUAUCUCAGAAUCGCGGCGAACAUCGCCGGUAUCAUUCUUAUAGACACUCCUUUUGAGGGAACUGUGGGAAACUUUUACAGCGACAAUCAAGGGAUUGAGCCUCUUGUGAAUCCGCAAGAUAAUGAAUUGGUGGAUACCAGCUACCUUGAACUUCUCCAUAUUCAAUCUUCGAUCCGUAGGGAGGUUGUUGCCGAUUUCUACCAGCUCGUCAUCAAGUUCCAGCAACUCAAGACGAUUGGUCCAUUAACCUGCUUUUGUUCGGGCAGCCCUCAAUAUCAAUUUGAUAAUGCCCUUCUCUAUAUGGAACAAGUUCCGGAAGUGAAAUGGAGGAUCAUUGAGGUGCUUCCAAGCCGCUCCGAUUUCAACGAAAAAGCGGAGCCUGAAUAUAAAGAAUUUGUGAAGCAGGUCAGAGACCAAAUUGAUUUCCGACGUUCCGCAUAUAGAUGGAUUGAUAUGUCGGAUUGCUUUGGAUGGAGCACCGGUUAG